UUGAGCACUCGCUCUACGCUUUACUCCUGAGCACUCGGUGUGUGUUUCUGGAGAGUUUAGUGUGUGUGUUUUUUUAUUUCUGGAGUGUUCAGAGAUCAGAGGCGGUCUGAGAUGCAUCAGGGGCGUCUGCGCUUACGGCCCUGGCUGGAGGAACAGAUCCAGUCCGGCAGAUACCCGGGAGUCCAGUGGCUAGACCAGUCUGCCAGAGUUUUCCAGAUCCCGUGGAAACAUGCGGCGAGACACGGCUGGAACAUCGAGAAAGACGCAACACUGUUCAGGAACUGGGCCAUUCACACAGGCAGAUAUAAGCCUGGAAUAGACAAACCGGAUCCUAAAACGUGGAAGGCGAACUUCAGAUGCGCUCUCAAUUCCCUGACAGACGUUAAAGAGCUGCAGGACAGAAGCAUCAAGAAAGGCCACAACGCCUUCAGGGUGUACACGCUGCUGCCGCACUGCAAGACCAUCAGGAGACGCAAAGCGUUACGGUAUUCAGACACAGACAGUAAACCAGCUUCACCUGCAGCUCACACACAGAGAAACUCCCUGGAGAGAUUCACAGAGGCCUUCUGGAAGUUUCCAGAUGAGCAAGGAGCGUCUGCUGGACUGAUGAAGGACUCAGAGGAGGAGCGAGCGCAGGGACUGCCGAACAACAGAACAGAUGAACACGAGCAGACAGAAGCAGUGCUGAAGAUAGUGGAUCAUCUGAAGACUCUGGAUCACUGGGCUUCCUCAUACGACAGUGAUCGAGGCUGGAGACCCAACUCCACAUGGACGGGGUGCCUGGGAGAGACGGUGGACUUUCCAGGACUCUCCUUUCAGACUGACUGUAAUAUUCACAAUAUCUCACCAGCACAAUAUGACUAGAAGAUCUGAAACUUCAUCUGAAGGACACGCUCAUCAGUUCAUGGACAAUUCAAAGACUGAAAAACAUCCUGGAGGAUUUGGAGUUUAACUUGAAAUGAUUUCUUUUGUUCUUGAAAUAAAUCUGCAGUUCACCUUCAGCAUCUUCAACACUGCUAAAACUGCUGCUCUUACUCAGAGUUCUUUUUCAAACUCUUAAAUCAAGAAGCAUUUUAUAGACGAGCACUAAAUCUAGUGUUGUUUUCAGAAAUAAUGAGUCAAAAUGAAGAGAGUUUUCCUUAAACAAACAAAAUAAUCUGACAAUGGGGGAAGAGAAAUGAUCUGUUUUUCCCUUUGACAUCAGAUAAUUCUGCUUAUCCCAUUGGCAGAUUAGUUUUCUGGUUUCAGACUCAUUUGACAACAUUUUUAAUUAGUCUAGAAAAUGCUUGAUUUAAUCAUUUAAAGAUAUUUGGAUUAGAAACAAGACAAACCCUAAGUAAGAGAAGCAUGUCUGCAGUGUAAUGAUGGUGAAACAGCACAUCACUCUUCAGCCACACCAUAUAUUUAUAUUAUAAUAAAUGUUUCUUUGACUGUU